AUGACUGGUCAAUGGGAGCUCGAGUAUUUACACCGCCUUUCUCCUUUUGCAAAUAUGAAACUCCUCAAAACUACCAACUACUUCGUCAUGCGGUAUGUCCCGCAAACAAAGAUCCCCCCAGUUGCCGCCCGAUACCUGGGCUCCAACACGAACCCCAUCCGAGUCAAGGUCCAAGACAUGUACACCCACCGGAAUCCCGAGACACUAUGGUGGAGGGUAUCUCUGCAGCCGCUGCAAUCCUUCAAGCGGGUCGUUCGCUCAUGGGGGGCACGACGGGCGCGAUUGGCAUUUCGGCAGGCUCUGGCAGCACGAGGGUUCGAUCCCGAAGGAAGACGGCUUGUGUCGCAAGCACAAGGAUCCGAGACGGAACAGCAGUCGCUUCAGGGCCUCAAAGGCUCUCUUGAGUUUAUUGUCCGGCCGCAGAGCGUGAAGGACGAGUACGCUGCUGUUCGAAAGGAGAUGGACUAUCUUCUGCAUACAUUGUUGACACAUUUGAGGGCCGGUGAAAGACAAGCGAAAUCGAGGACUAGAAAGGAAGGGAAGGAUGCUACUACAAAGAUACCCAUGAAUACUCGUACAUAA